GGUGUCUCCUGGGGGAAGGGAGAAAAUGGGAGGGGUGAGGUGUCAGUUCCCCAUUGGUCUGGGUCAGGCGUUCUGGGGAGGUCCCCACUGCACACACAAGUACAUUUACAUCCCAACCACAGCCCAUGCUCACUGAGCCGGCUCCAGAAACCAUGAGGCUGUCACUGCCACUGCUCCUGCUGCUACUGGGGGCUUGGGCUAUCCCAGGGGGCCUUGGGAAUAGGGCUUCGCUCACAGCCACUGCCCCACAGCUGGACGAUGAGGAGAAGUAUUCAGCUCAUAUGCCUGCUCACCUUCGCUGCGAUGCCUGCAGGGCGGUGGCCUACCAGAUGUGGCAACAUCUGGCAAAGGCAGAGGCCAAGCUUCACACCCCUGGGGGGCGUCAGGAGCUGAGUGAGUCGGUAUAUACAGACGUCCUGGAACAGAGCUGCUCCCAGACCUGGCAGGACUACGGGGUCCGAGAAGUGAACCAGGUGAAACAUCUCAUGGGCCCAGGACUUAGCCAUGGGCCAGAGCCAAGCGUCAGCGUGAUGAUCACGGGGGGCCCCUGGCCUACAAGGCUCUCCACGACAUGUUUGCACUACCUGGGGGAGUUUGGAGAAGACCAGAUCUAUGAAGCCCAUCAACAAGGCCAAGGGGCUCUGAAGGCAUUGCUGUGUGGAGGCCCCCGUGGAGUCUGCUCAGAGGAGGCACCAGUCACAAGGACAGAGCUCUAGUCCAGCUCCUGCUUCCCCUUUGUGGUCAGCCCCUGAAGACAGAGGGAGCUUCUUCUGGAUCUGUCCCCCUCCUUUCUGCAAGGCUGCUGAGGACAAGGAGAACUUCCUCACCUAGGCUGCCACUCUCUCCUCCUCCAGCUUUGGGGCACUGGGGCCUAGGCGAGGGGCCAAGGCCUUCCCCUCUGGACUCAAAUAAAACUCAGUG